AUGGCAGAACAUCUCGUGAUUAGUGCAAGCCAGCCCUGUAGGCCUAAACGACACAGGAGACCUAGUAGUUGAAAGUCAGUGGAAAAAUACUUUUUUUUCCGGAAAGUUUCUCUGUCUUUCUGAUCGCUUUUCAGUUUGUUUCUUACAGCAGCGAUACGACAUCUUGCAAAACAUAGGGGGGAUCCGACAAAACAGCCUAAACGGUCAACCCUGGCGAAACUCCACUGUGAAGUUUUGACUCCUCGUCUGACCUGACCAAACUUUAGGUCUGUUGGCUCGUAGUAUGAUUUUUCUUUCAGGUGGCAUUUUAGUUCAAUGGACAUUAGUCCUCCUUUGUGUGGUGCUUGUCUCUCUUUGCGUGAAAAGUCCAUCCAAAACGCGGCAUGGAAAGGAACCUCCAUCUCCGGCGCGUCUCCCGUUAUUGGGAAACUUACUGCAGUUGGACCUAAAUAGGCCUGAUGAGGGACUCUGCGAGCUCUCCAAAAAACAUGGGAAUGUUUUCACAGUCCAUUUUGGGCCGAAGAAGGUGCUGGUCUUGGCAGGGUACAAAACUGUCAAAGAAGCCCUUGUGAACUAUGCAGAGAAGUUUGGGGACCGAGACAUCACACCCCUAUUCCAUGACUGCAAUAAAGGGAAAGGGAUAAUGCUAGCCAAUGGAGAAUGCUGGAAGGAGAUGAGGCGAUUUGCAAUUUCCAAGCUGAGGGACUUUGGAAUGGGCAAGAAAGCAAUUGAACAGAAGAUCCAGGAAGAAAUCCAGUACCUUAUGGAGGUCUUUCAACAACACAACGGUGCAGCAUUUGACACAUCCAGGCCGGUGAACUACGCUUCCUCCAACAUCAUCUGCUCCAUUCUCUAUGGCCAACGAUUUGACAACGCAGACCCAGAGUUCAAGGCGCAUGUCGACAGUGCCAAUGACAUCGUGACAAUCCUGGGUUAUGCUUCAAUACAGAUCUACAACAUAUGUCCUUGGCUGCGUCCCGUCCUCUGGUACUGGAGGGUGCUCAUGAAUAAAGUGAACCAGGACCAUGACAGGAUACGCCAAUACUCCAGGGACCUGAAGGAGACCCUCAAUCCAAGGCAGUGCAGAGGCUUUGUUGAUGCUUUCCUGACUCGUAUGCUCAGUGUGGAGGCUAAAGGCCAGAAGGACCCCCUGUUCCACGAGGAUAACCUGGUGUACGUUGUGGGCAACCUGUUUGCGGCAGGCACAGACACCACAGGAGCAACCAUAUGCUGGGCCAUGCUGCUUAUGGCCAAGUACCCUCUCAUACAAGCGCGAGUGCAUGCGGAGCUGGAGAGGGAGAUUGGAGGCAGAGUGCCCGCGGCCGAGGACAGGAAGAGACUGCCCUACACAGACGCCGUGAUCCACGAGAUCCAGAGGGUGGCCAGUGUUGUCCCCAUUUCCCCGCACGUCACCAGCUGCGACGUCACCUUCCAGGGAUACUUCAUUGAAAAGGGUACGUCAGUGAUCCCUCUGCUGACGUCAGUGCUGAGGGAUGAGGAGGAGUGGGAGAGACCUCACUCUUUUUACCCGGAGCACUUCCUGGACGGCAACGGCCGGUUUGUCAAGCGGGAUGCUUUCCUCGCUUUCUCUGCAGGACGUCGGGUGUGUCUGGGGGAGGGUUUGGCCCGGAUGGAGCUCUUCCUCUUCUUCACAACUCUGCUGCAGCGCUUCUGCUUUGAGCCCCCUGCUGGUGUCUCAGAGGAACAGCUGGACCUCACACCAGCCGUGGGCUUCACCCUGACACCUUCCCCACACAAGCUACGUGCAAUCCUCAGGUCCUGAGGAUCACACAAUACUGUACAUGCAUACAUAUUGUACACAUACACAUAGUACACACACACACAUGGACAUAGUACACACACACACGGACAUAGUACACAUUUUACAGUACACAUACUGUACAUUUACAGUACAUUACACACAUGCGUAGGUUUAGGGGGUACCGUGACCAUGAAAACUGUGAGAUUAUGUGAGUAUGACUGGUGCUAUAUACGUUUUGAAGAAGAGUAUGCCAUGUAAGCCAUGUGAUUUUUAUUUUAUUUUAAAUGAGAGCUUGUGCAGUCUUUGGUGAGAGGAACCACCAGAAGUUGUUUAUCCAAGAGGACUAAUUUCGAAAGGCUGAUACGGCACCUUUUUAGUAGAUUUUAUAGAAUGAGGAAUGAAUCACAUUUAACUAGAUAGAUGUGGACUUGAUUUGUAUUCUACUUGUAUUGUACUUGUUGAACUGACUAAUAAUGAGUCCAAACAUUGCAUUCAUUUUAUUAAAAAUCAGAAAAUAAAAACAUAGGGAGAUUGGA